AUGUCCUUGAGAGGAUCUCCCAUCGGCUGGUUCAAAGAGAAGCGUCAAUCCUCCCAUUCCGGCAUCCCCGCUGCAAAGAGACCCGCGACGGCAGCCGGCGCCUUUCCCUGGGCCGACGAUCGCGACAUCUCCAAGCUGGUCGAGCGUGCCGUGCUGGCCGCCUUUGAGAGCGAUGCCUUCAAGAUCGCCGUCGCGUCGCACAUUGACCCGGCCUUUGCCAAAACCCAGGAGAAGCUCGGCCAGAUCAGAACCGCCAACCUCAAUCUAGAAUCCGCACUGCAGGCCCAUAUCGAGGAUGUCCCGACGCUGCUGCAUCCCAUCCAGGAUCACCUGACCAGUCUGGUGAUACCGGAUUAUGCCCAGGAUCUGGAGGCGCUGGGAGGAGGUCAGAAGAGGCUGGAAGCCCAAGUGAACGACCUUGUCAUCCCGGAUCACGGCAAGGAAUUGAACGAGAUUGCGUCCACGCAGUCCCAGCUGCUGACGACGAUGGAAAGUCGCUUCGAGAGCCUGGGCAGCCGUAUGGAUGACCUCGACCGGAGGCUUGGGGAGAUCAACGAGGCCGCGGUCAAUGCCGACUUGCGGACGGCCAUCAGGUUUGGCGAGAUCUCCAAUGAGCUCCAGGACCGGAAUACGACUCUGGGCGACCGAGUCUGGGGCGUGGAGCGAGAGCUGGGCAAGAAAGUCGAUGCUCUGCAACGGAAGGUCGUGGCUGCCUGCGAGGACGUGGGCAGGCUGGUGAGGAACAACCACGAGGUAGUGGAGACGAUGCGCGCCAAGUUGGAAGAGGACGACGUCCUCGCCGCGGUCACCAAGGCGAAUUCAAGAGCUGAAUUUUCCGAGAAGGCAUUCCGACGAAGCAUCACAGCCAUCCACGAUAAGGUCUCGGCCCUAGACACGUCGGCCAUCUCGACCCAGACUGCGAGGUUGGAGGCGAUAGAGAGAGGCGUCUCGGACUUCAGGAAGGAAGCCGAAGCCGCGAAAAAUCUGGCAUCCAUCAGCUCCAAGUUCUUGUCUGCCAAUACGUCCAAGCUGGACACGAUCGCGGCCGCGGUGGGAAAGAUGCAGAUCACGGUCGAAUCGACGAAUGAGACGUGCCACGUGGUCUCCGAGUUCCAGGAACAGAACGCGGAAUCCAUCAAGGAGGAUGUCGAGGCGGUCCGGAUGCAUGUCCGCUCUCUCGACAACCUCGCUGUGACCCAUGCGAAGAGACUCAGUGAGACUUCGUCAAUGUUCACAAGAGUGGAAACGGCUCUGACGGGGUCGAAUGCGAAUACGAUCAGCAAGCUGGAAGAUUUGGAGUCUACCAUCAGCAGAGUCGAAGAUGGCCUAAAGCCUCUAUCCGCUCACACGGCCAAGCUGGACAACCUACAAACGAACAUGGCGGGGGUGGUGAGAGAUGUGAAGCCUCACAGAGGACUCCUCGAUGACUUGGCCUCAACACUUUCAGAACUACGAUCAAACGUCGAUUCCGCCUUCGCUUCCCACACAGAGUCACUCGAUACCAUUCAGCAAAAAGUGUACGACACCUCUUCCUUGGAUCAGCUGACGUCCAGUCUGUCGGAAGUUAAAGCGAGUAUUGAGCGAAAACUUGCCUCGUCACUGGAAUCGAGCUCCAAAUGUACGGUGGAGCAGAUUAAUUCGCAACUCGGGGCAAUGGAUCUGAAUCUGCAAGCUAAACUCAAGUCGAUUGCAGAGGAUGCCAAGCUUCGCGCCGAGAAGAUCGAUGCCUCGACUGUCGAAGUUCUCGAGGAAGUCCGGUCGACGAAAGCAUUCCUGAAAACCGAAAAUGCCGAUCGCAGUGAGCAGUUUCGUUCCACCAGGGAAUUGAUCAAGGCAAGCCAGGCGGCACACGCGAAUGACGCCAAGGCGACGAUACGGAUGCUCCAAGAGGUACAGGAGGCAAGCAAAGAAGAUGAGAUUCUCCUGCAGAUCGAAUCUUGGACUCAGACGUGCAUUUCCAAGCAAGCGGCGGAAGUUGCCUCGGUCAAGGAGUUGCUACAUUCAUCACGUGAGCGUGGAGAGACAUGGCACAAAUCGAUCACUGAGAUUGGCGAAAAGAGCUCUGAGAUAUCCGAAAUCCUUCGAUCUGGGAACUUUGAGUCGUCAAGUACGACCAGGGAGCUGGCGGUUCUCAAGUCUAUGCUGGAAAACGGGGCCAUACGGUCGAAGGAAACUGACAGUAAUACGGAACUUGUGCUUCAGUCGCUCCAGGCUGGCAUUGAACAGAUCAAGGAUAGUACUACAUGGAGCAAAAUCGAGGAGUUGGUCCUGCAGAACGGAAUUUCCAUGGCAAAUUCACACGAGGCAGUCCUCGCUCUUGACAAGGAGGUCAGGUCCGGUGAAGAAAAAAUUCAGUUGGCUAUUCGAGAAGUUCAAACGGCGUUGGCCAAAAAUCUCCUGGAUGCCGCUGCAAGCAUAAACUCGUCAAACAGCGACGUUUUUGCCGAACUUAAGGCAGAGCUGGGCUCGAAGAUCUCCAUAUCAACCAAUGUCCUGAGAGCGGAUUUCAAGUCAAUCGACCUAUCCCCGACAACGACUGCUGUAGAAGCCCUCAAAGAUGAAAUCUCAUCAUCUCUUCAGGCUGCACAUAGCGAUAGAGUUUUGAUCGCGGAUGGUAUCAAGUCAAGCGUUUCUACUGCGAUCGAUACUCUCGUGACCGACGUCCGGGACUUUGGGAAUGUCCACAGUCGCGAGCUACAGCAAAACGGUGCAGUGCUGCUGCAUAUUGAGGAGGCUGCCAAGACUAAUGCGAAUUCGCUUGCAUCAGACUUGGCUAGCAUCCAAAAGGCCGUCGGACCGGUCUCUGAGGUUACCGAGGAUAUUGCUCUCCUCCUUGCUGCGGUUGAGAAGCUCGACCAGACGUCAGAGUCCAACACGGCAAAGCUAAUGACAGUUGAGAAAUCGGUGCUCUCUACAAGUACUCGACUCGAUGCAGUAUCCGACGACUUGAAGUCCAACACAAAAAGCUUGACGAGUAUCAACGACUCUAUUCUUGCCACACAAUCACAGCUCGAUGCCGUAUCGAGCGAAUUGAAGGCCAGUAUCAACUCCUCUGGGUCAGAGACAUUGACGGCAGUAGAAGCGAGGAACACCAGUAUUUCAGAGCUACGACAAGUCAGCGGGGACCUAGACCAAAAUGCCAAAGCCAAUGCAGCAAUCCUGAAAACCAUUCAGGAAUCGGUCCUUACUACACGUAGUCAACUCGAUAACGUAUCAGACAAUUUGCAGAACGCGAUUGACACAUCUGGAUCGAAGACUCUAGUGGCCGUGGAAGCCGGUAACAGAGACAUUUCGGAGCUGCGACAAAUUACCAGGGAUCUGGAUCAGACUGCGAAGGUCAACGCCGCAAGCCUUGCAGCCAUUCAAGAGUCAGCCCUCACCACACGCACGCAGCUCGAUUCGUUAUCCAGCGACUUGCAGACAGCAAUUGAUACAUCUGGAUCAAGGACAAUGGCAGCAGUAGACGCUGGGUUCACAGGCGUUCAAGAGUUACGCAACUCCGGUGAGGAGCAAGUGGCAAGAUUACGCGGUGAUAUUGAGAAGGUCUUUGAGAAGGCUUCUAGUGACACCAGCAAGUGUUUUGAAUCUAUGAAGCUGGACAUCUCAGGCCUCGCCGAAUCGGCUAAACGCAACAAUACCGAUUUGACGUCCACAGUGGUGGCAGGGUUGGAUGUCGUCAAGUCUCAAAUUACAGAUAUGGGUCAAGAAAUUGACACCAGAUUGGAAAAGACAUCCAGCGGGACUAACAAGGCUUUGGAAACAAUCAUCCUGGAUGUCUCAAGUCUGAAAGAAUCAUCCCUUCGUGACGGCUCAACGACGAUGAUGCUGUCCAGCUUUGAAGACCUCAAGUCACAUGUCACCACUCGCGUUCAAGACAUCCAUGCUGAUCUGGAGAGAUUGGCAGUGGAGACUGCAAAGUCACAAGACGAAACCCGGGUAAUCAAGUGUGAGGUUAUGACAACACGUGAGGCAGUGGUUAGCCACGCCGAGAAGUCUGAAAUGUCUGUGACGUCGAAUUUGGAGGCUGCUCAGGCAUCGAUCAUCCGGGAAGUCGGAAAUUUGAGGAAGAUUCUGUGCUCCGAUCUGUCCGAGAUCAUUGUCAGUGAAGCUCGAGGUACAUCUGGGGCUGCGGUAGCGGAGAUACAGCAGACGAAAAGUUACUUGGAAAGCAAGCUCCUAGAGUCGAACCAGCAGAAUCUCAGCAGCACAUCUCAGAAGCUCGAUUCCAUCUCCCAGGAGGCAUCUGGAAAUGCGAUGAAAUUGCAUGAGGCCACCCUCGCAGCAAUCGAAACAGGAAGCAAGUCCUCCUCGGAUAUCGUGGUACGCGAGACUGGCAAGGUGAACGACUUGAUCGAGACAGUCAGGGAAGCUUUUUCUUCUAGGACGGACAACACGAAUCAAUGGCUGGAGACUCUUCGCGCAUCUCUGGGAAAGAUUUCUGAAGAUCUGGACAGAGAGUUCAAGGCUGCUGCGAUUGAGAGGAAGGAUGCCGGAGAGAUUGCGGGUGACCAUUUGGUCAGCGUAAGAAACUUGGUCCAGCAGCAAACGACGGCCAUCGCGGAUAUUCAAUCUGGCCAGCACGACCUUCUUUCUGAAGUCAGGGUUGUUGGCGCAUCUACAGAUUCUAAGUAUAAAUCUCUCUCCGAGAUUGUUGUCCGGGAAAGUCAAGGCAUAUUGGCAGGCCAGACAGACCUGGCCCAGCAAGAGACCACGGCUCGUGCGGCCCUGGAGUCCAGACAGCAAGAAAUUCUUUCCGGAGUAAGUGACAUCCAGAAAUCCACGGAGACCAUCCACCAAACCCUAGAGGAUCGCACCAGCACUUUGUCGGACAGCAUCAACAUGGGAUUCUCAGACGCCAUCGUACACAGAACCGCGGCCGAAAAGUCUUGCGAGGCCAGUAUGGUUACGCUUUCGGGACUUAUCACACAGGAGGCCGAAACCACCCGAAUCGCCCUGGGAUCGACACAGGACCGAGUUGUUUCCGAUGUCACCAGCGUGAGUGCAUUUCUGGAUACCAUCGGUAAAUCACUGGAGCAGCGGACUGAUAAACUCUCUGGCGACAUUAGCAGAGGAUUCGCGGAAGCCAGUACACAGAGGAGCGAGGCGAAGGAAACACUCAGCGCCAACCUGACCACGGUUUCCGCAUCUCUCAAGCAGGAGAUGGAAAGCACGACUUCGGCCAUGGAAGCUACGCACAAAGAUCUCCAGGCCGAGAUGGAAAAGUCCCACCGAUCUUUGGAAUCCUUCGCCCAGAGGUCACAGCAGAGCGCGGACACGUUGUUGGGCGCUACCCAAAAGGGGUUCGAAAGCGCUACCAUCGAGUCGACCGAGUCAAGAAAGGCACAAGCUUGUCAUUUCGCGACAUUAUCAGAGUCCAUUCUUGGCGGAGCAAAGACGACGAGUGACGCCGUUGAAGCCUUGCAUCAGGGCAUCACAGCGGAAGUGAAGAAGACGAAUUUCGAUCUGAAGCACAGCUUGGGAGGGCUCAAGCUACACGCGGAGCAAAUGUCAAGCAGUCAGAAUAGUGCGAUUGCGGGUCUCGGGGACGAGAUCAGGUCUCUCGACGGCAAGACACAGGAACGCUUCGCUCGUCUCGAGGCUUCAGGCGAGGCGCGCACGAACGCCUUGUCCGGCACCAUCGACCAGAUGACCAUCUCUUUCCAGACCGAACUCGACAGCAUCACGGACAACAUGAAGACGAUCGACGCCGCCGUGCGCGUCAACAGCGCUGCCAUCGCCCGCGUCGACAAGGCCGUUCUCGAGUCCUCGUCGCAGGUCAAGAACGUCGUCCUGGACCACAGCAAUCGCGAGCUGCUCGCCUCCCUCGACGAGGAAUUGCACGCGACGAGCCGCCGCGUGCGCGCCAUGGCCGAGUUCGAGAUCCCCCGCCUUGAAGCCAUCGCCAGGAAGUCCCGCGACGCGGUCGAAGUCAUUGGCGGGCGCGUUAUCGGCACGACCAAGAAGUUCGACGAGAUGGUUGCGCACCACGGCCAGAAACAUCAGCCUAAUAAUAACAGCAACGCGCUGCUGCUGGACCGGAGCGAGAUGUUUUUGAUGAGUGCGAGCGCGAGCGGACGGCUUCGGAAGGGUAGUAAUGCCAGUACCUCGUCGAGGAGUAAGGAUAGUGCGCAUUAUAGGAUGGCGGCUAUUGAGACGGGGCGGUCUUAG